AUGCCGUGAGCCCCGCCGCCAUGGCGGAGGAGAAGCCGCCGCAGCUCGUCGACUAUUUCGUGGUGGCCGGCUUGACCGACUCCUCCAAGGCCUUGGAAGAGGAGAGCCAGCAGCCCCGGCCGGCCCGGCCCAGCGAGCCCAUCACCGACGUGGCCGUGGUCAUCCGCUCGCAGGGCGAGGAGGUGCCCCAGGGCUUCACCUGCAUCGAGAGCAGCACGUCCGGCCACCCCGUGGACCUGAAUGCCAGCCUUCUCAACAGCCCCCAGAUGUACCUCUGCUACAAGCGGGGCCGCGGCAAGCCGCCCCUCAUCGAGCUGGGGGUGCACUGUGAGGGGAAGGACCGCCUGAAGCCGGGCUACGAGAUCAUCCGCACGACGCCCUACAGCCGCUCUGCCAACCUCAGCUCGGGCGCCGCCGGCCACCAGCGCACCUUCCUCACCUACCGCCGGGCCGCCGAGUCCCAGGGCCACAACACGCUGGGCAUCACCGACAUCUGCCUGGUCGUGCCCAGCAAGGGGGAGAACACGCCGCACACCUUCUGCCGGGUGGACAGGAACCUCAACGCUGGCAUGUGGGGCCCGGCCGUGUUCCUGUGCUACAAGAUGGCGAUGUCCAAAGCCAACACCCUGGUCUACGAAGCAGGUCUCCUGAGCCGCUACCCUGAGCAGGACAGUGAGUCGUUCCCACUGCCCGACUCGGUGCCCGUCUUCUGCCUGCCCAUGGGGGCCACCAUUGAGAGCUGGCCCAUCAACACCAAGUACCAGCUGCCCAUCUUCUCCACCUUCGUGCUGACGGGGGCUUCAGGGGACAAGGUGUACGGCGCUGCCAUCCAGUUCCACGAGGCCUACCCGCGGGAGCAGCUGUCGGAGAAGCAGAGCUUGCGUCUGGGCCUGCUCAGUGUGGUCGACCGGCGCCCCAUCGCCAGCAAGUCGGUGCAGACUCGCCGCAGCAUCUGCGUCCUGUCGCACUGGCCCCUCUUCGACGUCUUCCGCAAGUUCCUCAUGUUCAUCUAUCGCUACUCCAUCUCGGGGCCCCACGUGCUGCCCCUGGAGACGCACAUCUCCCACUUCAUGCACAACGUCCCCUUCCCGUCUCCGCAGCGACCGCGCAUCCUGGUGCAGAUGUCUCCCUACGAUAACCUGCUGCUGUGCCAGCCCGUGUCCUCCCCGCUGCCACUCAGCGGAGCCAGCUUCCUGACCCUGCUGCAGAACCUGGGCCCCGAGAACGCCGUGACGCUGCUGCUGGCUGUGCUGACCGAGCAGAAGUUGCUGAUCCACUCGCUGCGCCCCGAUGUGCUGACCAGCGUGAGCGAGGCGCUCGUCUCCAUGAUCUUCCCGCUGCGCUGGCAGUGCCCCUACAUCCCGCUGUGCCCGCUGACACUGGCGGACGUGCUGUGCGCCCCGGUGCCCUUCAUCGUCGGCAUCCACUCCAGCUACUUCGACCUGCACGACCCGCCCCGCGACGUCAUUUGUGUCGACCUUGACACCAACACCAUCUUCCUGAGCGAGGAGAGGAAGCUGCUGUCGCCCCGCGCGCUGCCUCGCCGGCCCUGCAAGGUGCUGCAGGCUGCGCUACUCGCCCACUUCCAGCAGCUGGAUGAGAUGUACAACAAGCCGGUGGAGGAGGCGUCGCUGGAGUUCCUGCUCACCGACUACGACCUGGUGUACGGGCGGCGCAAGCAGCUGGAGCUGGAGAUCCAGGCCUCCUUCCUGCGGUUCAUGGCCUGCGUGCUGAAGGGUUACCGUUCCUUCCUGCUGCCCAUCACCCGGGCGCCCUGCGACACCACCCACGACUCCAGCAGCCUUUUCUCCCUGCAGGGUUUCCUCAAGUCCCGGGACCGCGCCUACCACAAGUUCUACGGGCAGCUGCUGCGCACGCAGCUCUUCACACAGUUCAUCCACGAGUGCUCCUUCGUCAGCGACCGGCACGCCUGCCUGGAGUUCUUCGACACCUGUGUGGACAAGGUGCAGGUGGAUCUGGAGAAGGCUGAGGACGCGCCCCUGAUGGAGCUGGACGACUCGCACGGCAGCGAGCACACGGUCUUCAUCAUGCCCCCCGAGGAGCCCCUGGGCCCCGAUGGCACCGAGCUGCCUGCACUCUACUGCUACGACAGCUUCCCCGUGCUGCGGGCCGAGUUCUUUGAGCGCCCCCAGGACCAGCUGGCGGCUCCACUGGGCCAGCCCAAGAGCAGCGCCCCCAGCAGCCCUGCGCCGCGCAGGACCAAGCAGGAGAUGAAGGUGGCGCAGCGGGUGGCACAGAAGUACUCGUCCGUGCCCGACAUGUGGGCGCGGUGCCUGCUCGGACACUGCUACGGGCUGUGGUUCAUCUACCUGCCCACCUACGUGCGGGCCGCCCCCUCCAAGGUGCGGGCGCUGCAGACGGCCUACGAGGUGCUGAAGCAGAUGGAGAGCAGGAAGGUGGUGCUGCCGGACGAGGUCUGCUACCGCAGCCUCAUGCAGCUGUGCGGGCAGUAUGGCGAGCCGGUGCUCUCCGUCCGCGUCCUGCUGGAGAUGAAACGGGCCGGCAUCGUGCCCAACACCGUCACCUACGGCUACUACAACAAGGCUGUGCUGGAGAGCAAGUGGCCCUCGGGCACCCAGGGCGGGCGGCUGCGCUGGGCCAAGCUGCGCAACGUGGUUCUGGGCACUGCCCAGUUCCGGCAGCCCCUGCGGCAGCGGCAGCUGGAGAGCGAGGCCCGUGGCGGCGCCUUGCCAGGCUGUGCAGAGACCCAGGACACCCGUCCCCGUCCCAGCCUCCAGCGCCAGACCACGUGGGCCGGGCACAGCUUGCGCGAGCCCUCGCCCGGCCGCCAGCUGGUGAAGAGCAGCAGCGGCACCUUCCCCCGCAGCGAAACCUCCGCGGUGGAGGCUGGCGUGGCCCAGAUGAUCAAGGCCCUGGGGGUGCUGGAGCCUGGCAGGGACUCGUUAGUCGCCUUCCCUCCAGGCCUGCGCCAGCUCCUGGACGGGCCCGGCACCUCGGAGGACGGGAGCCUGUCGGAUGUCAGCUUCCAGACGGACGAGAGCGACCGGCCGGCCCUGGACAGCGCCGAGGUGCAGCUGAGCCUGGGGCCGGGCGCCCGGGGCACCAAGCCGAGCCGGCGCGACGAGAACCACAACAGCCUGGGGGGGACGCCGCGCCGGGGGCUGGCCGCCAAGCUGCAGCAGCUGCUGUCCCCAGCCAAGCGCCCCUCCCUGCGCCACACUGCCAGCGUGGAGCAAUCCAGCGCCCGGCAGGACGCCGGCUCCCUGCGCCGGGCCUCGGUGCAGACAGAGUCCCUGCGGCGCAAGAGCCCUGUGGAGAGCCUGCUGCACCCCCAGGAGCGCCCCGACUCCACUGCCUCGGAGAGCUCCGUCUCCCUGGGCAGCGAGUUUGACCUGUCAGACACGUCACUCGGCAGCUUUAGCCUGCGCAAGUCGUCGGACCCGCUGCCUGAGGCCUUGGCCGGGCCGGAGCUGCCCCCCGUGGAGAUCCGGCUCUCCAGCUGCUCGCGGUGCCACACAUGCGGCUCCCUGGUGCACGACGAGGAGGUGAUGGCCGGCUGGACGCCCGACGACUCCAACCUCAACACCACCUGCCCCUUCUGCACCCGCCCCUUCGUGCCCUUGCUCAGCAUCGAGAUCCAGGACUUCCAGCAGCCCCCCAGCUCCUCGGAGUCUCCCCAGAGCCGCGGGGAGCAGCCGCCUGCCGGGCGGGGCCCGGUGCUCAGCGACCGCUCCCAGUGCCUGGCUCUGGAUGAGGCCGAGCCGGAGCCGGGGAUCCCCCCGUCGCUCUGCAACGGCUGCAUGGACUCCUCGGCGCCCAGGGGCCCUGCCUCGCGCUCGGAGCUGGUCACCUUUGCCUACCUGAGCCCCCUGGUGCUGCGCAAGGAGUUGGAGAGCCUGCUGGAGAAUGAGGGCAGCGACUUCCUGGCCCAGCCGGAGCUGGUGGACAGCCAUCCCAUAAUAUACUGGAACCUGGUCUGGUAUUUCCGGCGCCUCGGCCUGCCCAGCAACCUGCUGCAGCUGGUGCCGGCCUCCCAGCACCUCCAACCCGCGCCCCAGGCCCAGGCCCCCGAGGGCCCCCCGGUGUGCGUGCGCCUGCUCUGGGAUGUCCUGACCCCAGACCCCGACAGCUGCCCCCCCCUCUAUGUGCUCUGGAGGGUCCACAGGAACAGCGCUGCCCGGCCUCAGUCCUGGCGGUGCCCCAGCAGCCCCUUCUCGCUGGCGUUCCUGGAGGCCGUGCUGAGCCACGUGGGGCUGGGUGAGAUGCAUAAGGCCAUCGCCCUCUUCCUGCAGACCCUGGCUGCGGAGCCCAGCCCCCUGCCCCUGCAGAGGAGCGUUUACCGGGAGAUCCUCUUCCUCAUGCUGGCCGCGCUGGGCAGGGACCACGUCGACAUUGCCGCCUUCGAUAAGAAGUACAAAGCCGCCUACGCCAAGGUGGCCGGCAGCCUGGGCAAGGAGGAGCUGAGCAGGCGGCGGGCACAGCCACCCAGCUCCAAGGCCAUCGACUGCCGCCGGAGCUUCGGUGCCACGCUGGAGUGCUAG